AUGACCGCUCGAUACCCAAAGCUCGUCGCUCUCGAUUUAGAUUUCACCAUAUGGCCACUAGACAUAGACUGGUACAACAACGUUGAACUCGACAAGAAGGACCCCACCAAGGUCAUCGGAAAAGGCUAUGGCAGCGACCGGACGCCGAUCGCGCUGUACGAGGGUGUGCCGGAGGUGCUGAGGCAUUUGAAGGAGCGGGAUGUGGAGGUGGUGGCGUGCUCGAGGAGCUGGGCACCUGAAGUCGCAAAGAAGGCACUCGGCCUCUUCCGAGUCCCCUUCGGCGCGGAAGGCGAGACGAUCUCCGCACUGGAGUGCUUCACCUGGAGGAACUCGGAGAUCGAGGACACGGACAAGAGGGGGCAUUUCAGGCGUGUGCAGGCCAGCUAUGCAAGUGAGGGGAAGGACAUUCCGUUUGAGGAGAUGCUGUUCUUCGACGACGCUACGUAUAAUGGUGUUGUCGCUGAUCUCGGCGCGUAUUUGUUCUUCCUCUGUCGUGACUACUCACUAGCUAAAGAGAUACAUCUUGCAGGCGUCACGUUUCAUCUCCUCUCGAGGAAAGGCCUCGACAUGGCUGCUUUUGAGGCGGGCCUCGAGAAGUGGAGGAGAAACAUCGCGCGGUAUGAGGCAGGCGAGGGUCAGGAAAGCAUCCCUGCAAAGUCGUCCAAGCGGAAGAACAAGCGCAAGUAG